UUUAGAAAAGAAACACACACUUCAAGUGGGAAAACGAUGUCAGCAACGAUAGAAUCGGGCAAAUUGGAAUGUAAGGAUUUAUACGGGUAUCUUAGAACUUUGCCUGCAAAUGUUCUCGAUAAACUCUAUAAUCAUCCGGCAACAUGUCUUGCUGUAUUCAGGGAAUUACCAGAACUUGCCAAACACUGUGUAAUGAGAAUCCUUUUUGUGGAACAACCCGUACCUCAGGCUGUUGUAGCACAUUGGGUGGCCAACAAACAUCAUGAAGAACAGAAACAGGCAAUGGCUGCUGUGACAGAUCUGAGAGUUUGGCACGAACAACCUCUUCCAGGUGGGAUGAUGGGGUUCAUAUUGAACCAGACAUUCCGAAUGAACAUGAAGACAGCUCUGUUAGGAGGUGGUCAACCAUGGACAGGUGGAGGUUCCCUUCCACCAGAUAAGCAUGCCAAAGAUAUUGCUUUUUUGGACAACUACGCUCAAGACAGAUGGGAAUGUGUUCUUCAUUUUAUGGUUGGUUCAUCCGACUGUGUCAGCAGAGAUAUAAAGUGGGUCUUACUACACGCAGGGCUCAUGAAGGCUGAGUCAGAAGAUCAAGCCCCAGUGAUUACACCAAAUGGUUUCCAAUUCCUACUGAUGGACACAUCGUCUCAAGUCUGGUUCUUCAUGUUACAAUACCUCAAUACACUAGCAACACGAGGCAUGGAUUUAGUCGAAUCUUUGUCCUUCCUUUUCCAGCUGAGUUUUUCAAUAUUUGGAAAGGACUACACAACAGAAGGAAUGUCUGAAGCUCAGCUUCGCCUCUUGCAACAUUUACGAGAGUUUGGUUUAGUUUAUCAAAGGAAGAGAAAAUCUCAGAGAUAUUAUCCAACAAAACUUGCUAUUAAUCUUGCUGCAGGAUUAUCUCAGGUUUCUGAUAAUGCAAUCAGACAAGGUUUUAUUGUAGUAGAAACAAAUUAUCGGGUCUAUGCUUACACAGACUCACAACUCCAGAUUGCUUUAUUAGCUUUAUUCACAGAAAUGAUUUACCGGUUUCCAAAUAUGGUUGUGGGUCAAAUUACCAGAGACAGCGUUCGAUCAGCAUUAAGCUGUGGUAUAAGUGCUGAUCAGAUAAUCCACUUCUUAAAGAGCCAUGCACAUGAGAAAAUGCUAGAAAAGAUGCCAGUUAUUCCUCCAACAGUUACUGACCAGAUCCGUUUGUGGGAGUUGGAAAGAGACCGGUUUAAAUUUACAGACGGAGUACUCUAUAAUCAGUUUCUCUCCCAGAGUGACUUUGAACUUCUCCGCGAUUAUGCUCGGGACCUUGGUGUAUUAGUCUGGGACAAACCAAGCAAGCGAGUUAUGGUUGUGGCUCGCAAUGGCCACGACGAAGUGAAACGCUUUUGGAAGAGACAAAAACAUUCAUGAAGGAUUCCUUAGAUGAUUUUUUUUUGUUAAAAUUCUGAAUGAGAGACUUGAAGAAAUCCCAGCAAGCCACUGACAUCAGUUAAAUCAAUUGUUAAGGGGUCAUCCAAUAAGAUUCAGCAAGUGAAUGUUAAAAAACAUAUCACUAAGUUCUGUAGUAUAUUGUGUUGAAAGCUGGUUGUUACCCUUUACAAGGUUUGGCUGUUGAGGUUGGGGUUUGUCAAUAGCAUCAGUGCUAAAGAUUAUGCAAAGUUAUAUGCAACUGUGAAGAUCUCUUGGACAUAAGUCACUAUAUUUUUGUUAAAUUUAUCCAAGUAAAACAAAGAAGUUUUCAGG